AUGGUCAAUUGGAAGGCACCCGAGUCUACCGAUCGGCUCAUUGCAUCGCUCAUCGUGGCACAUCCUGGCCUUAAGCUUGACUAUCGAGCCAUGGCCAUAGCCUUCGGGCAAGGUGCAAGCUACGACUCUAUCGAGGGCCGGUUCCGCCGCUGGCGGAAGAUGGCAGACGAGCUACGCGGUGAAGUCGAAGCCAGAGGCAUCAGUCUCACCGAAUUUCGGGGCCGCAAUAGCUUGUCCGGCUCGUCGACACCGCGAACCCCACGAGGACCUCGCAACGGGGUCAGCAAAGCCGGCCAGUCAGCCUCAUCAUCCAGGAAAGAUGGCCGCACCGUCUCCACACAGAAAACCCCAACCAGGCCCAUGAAUAACGGUAGCAGGGCUAGUGCUAUCCGCGGUGAGAGCCUCGUACAGGCAAUCUUUGUGGAAGAUGGCAGCGAAGAGGAACAAUUCAAGUUCAAGCGCGAGAGUAACGAGGUGGUGGUGCACUCCGGGCUGGCAACCCCGGUCGCGGAAUCGAAAGAUGUGAUAAUCGUGGACUCUCCGGUCGGUGGUUCUGCGCUUGCGGCCCCGAGACAGCUUAACCCGCGGUUGGAGAAGAAUGCACGAAAGACCAUUGUGCCGGACCUGCCAUCUAUCUCCGCUGGCUUUGAGGCAGGGCUUCCGUCUUCCGCAGGUGUUGGUCUGAGUUACCUAAACUAUCAUACGAUGGACGAUAUGUCGCAACACCUACACGGCAAUCUUAUCGGAUUCGAUCAUCUAAUGGACAAAGUUUCUUCUGGUUCUUAUAUUGGUGGGGAUGUCAUUUGA